UUGUAACCCGAGAUUGAAGGGAUAUAUGUCAAAAAAGUAUGCUUUUCUCAGAGGACACUACCGCAAGGCUUUGCAUGGUGUCCACGGCACUCAGUAGUAUUUGAGUUUUUAUUUUUUUAUUUAUUUUAUCCGUGCAGGUUUUUUUUGCAAUUUAAUUUCCCCCAAAGUUCCUUGCGAAUUUUAUUGCAGCGGAGAGAGCGAUAAAGGGGUUAAAGAGAGUAAAGCGGGGAAAGUGAAUCAGUAUGGAAGAAAAUGAUCACGGCAACAGAGAUGUGGUGGAGCGGCAGGAAUCGGCGGACGGAUCAAACAGAGCUAUCCUUCCCCUCUUACAAGCGCCGGGGAACCUGCAGAUCCCUCACCGGGUCACCAAUUUCUUCAUCGACAACAUCCUGCGGCCGGAUUUCGGACGGAGAAAGGACGCGGGCACAAACCGUGAAGAGAAUAGCCUGGCAUCGCGGGAGAGCCACAACAGCCCCGCCGCCCCUCAGACCGAGCCGGUGGGGAGCACGGUGCCAGCGGAGGGGACCUCCACUCCACACACGGUUACCGGGUCCAAGAAGCCAGCUAUAGCCGCCGAGGAGCCCCUGAAACCCCGCGGGGAGAACGGAGACCAGUGCCUAAGCUCAGACUCAGACAGUUCCCAAGCCAGCUCAACCCCAGCCACAUCUCAGCCCAUGCUGUGGCCAGCCUGGGUUUACUGCACCAGAUACUCGGACAGGCCUUCUUCAGGGCCGAGAUCUCGCAAACCAAAGAAGAAAACGACCAGCAAAGAGGACAAGCGACCACGGACGGCCUUCACAGCAGAGCAGCUGCAAAGACUAAAAUCGGAGUUUCAGACAAACCGGUAUCUGACCGAGCAGAGGCGGCAGAACUUGGCGCAGGAACUGGGCCUGAACGAGUCCCAGAUCAAGAUCUGGUUUCAGAACAAGAGGGCCAAAAUCAAGAAGACCACAGGCCCUAAAAACAGUCUGGCCAUACACCUGAUGGCACAGGGACUGUACAAUCACGCCACCGUCACGUCGAAAGAUGAAAAAUCAGACAGCGAUUGAUUUCCAGAGAAGUAACAGCAGCCUCCUGACGAAAAAGAACCUAUAGUAAUCCUAUGAUAGAUUUUUUUUUCACAGAUGUAUCACA